AUUUCCGGGUUUGAGUUGGGCAUAUAAGAAGAGCUGCGCAAUGGCAACAGUAGGCUAGAAACACUUGCGGGACAAAGCGUUUUCGAGGGGAGAUACAUCUUUACACAAACAGGGACUAUUUCCUGAUAUACAUAUCUAUAUAUUUAGAUUUGUUUAACUCAACGUCACCGAACCGAGAUGCCUUUCCUCGGACAGGACUGGAGGUCACCGGGUCAGAGUUGGGUUAAAACCGAGGAGGGAUGGAAAAAGACAACAACAGACGACAAAAACAACAAUGUCUCCGUGGAGAGCUUCUGCAAAGCCGAGGAGGAGGAGUGUUUCAACAAGGAGAACCUGCUGCUCUCUCUCGGCUACGACAUGGCUGCCAAGAAGAGGAAAAAGGACCUGAUGAACAACAACACCAAGGUCCCCUAUUUCCACAGGGAAAAGUGGAUUUAUGUUCAUAAAGGAAGCACCAAGGAGCGCCAUGGAUAUUGUACGCUGGGAGAGGCCUUCAACCGCUUAGAUUUCUGCAGCGCCAUCAAGGACACGAGGAGAUUUAAUUACGUUGUCAGACUCCUGGAGCUUAUCGCCAAGUCCCAGCUCCCCUCGCUCAGCGGAGUGGCGCAGAAAAACUACAUGAAUAUUCUGGAGAGAGUGGUACAGAAAGUUCUUGAUGACCAGCAGAACGUUCGUCCCAUCAAGGAGCUGCUGCAGAUGCUUUACAUCUCGCUGUGUGGUCUUGUUCAGGACAUGGGCAAGUCUGUCCUGGUGGGGAACAUCAACAUCUGGGUGCACCGCAUGGAGAACAUCAUGCAGUGGCAGCAGCAGCUGGACAACAUCCAGAUCAAUAGGCCCACGUCUACAGGCAUGACUCUGACUGACCUGCCUGCCAGUCUGCAGCUGAACAUCAUGCAGCGUCUGUCGGACGGCAGGGAUCUGGUCAGCCUGGGCCAGGUGUGCCCUGAGCUGGGGGCCCUCACUGAGGAUCGGCUGCUGUGGAAGAGACUGUGCCAGUACCACUUCACAGACAGGCAGAUCCGAAAGCGGCUGAUGGUGUCAGAUAAAGGUCACUUGGAGUGGAAGAAGAUGUACUUCAAGCUGAGCCGCUGCUAUCCUCACAGAGAGCAAUACAGUGACACCCUGCACUUCUGCACACACUGUCACAUCCUUUUCUGGAAGGACACAAACCAUCCGUGCACAGCCAACAAUCCAGAAAGCUGCACCAUGUCCCUCUCCCCUCAGGACUUUAUCAACCUUUUCAACUUCUGACCCCCCCCAUAAAAGCAGAUGAACUGACUGUACAUACUGUACAUAUGAAUGUACAAUAUUGUUUUUGUUUAAUAGCACAAUCAAUUCCUGGGUGUGUGUUUAGUUGAGGUGUGACUGGAGGGGGCUCACGCACCGGGACAAUUAUGCAAUCAUGUCUCUUUUGAAGGCGUGCAGAGGCUUGGGGGAAGAGUUCACUGCUGAAGGUGAGUGCAUGUGACCGAGAGGAAAAGUGACGUAGGAGCAGUCGGCUUGUCUACAGAGGAGGGAGGAGCAGUGGAUAAAGGAAACGCGCGGCUCUCAGAGUUUGGUCUUACUUUGUUGCGUUCUUGAAAUUACGCCUCAACAGUAAACCUGAGCUUAGAUGUGGACACGUCACCCCACCCCCCCACCCCACCCCAAGGUUUUGGAGAAUUUGAUAUUGUUUUUGUAUUUCAAAUGUUUGCUUGUUCAACACAGGGAGUAUUAUUCAAGCGCUCUGUUUCAAUGUUUGAAAUUGAGAUUUCUUUAAUAUAUCACAAGGCCUGCUCACGUAGGGAGAUGUAAAGCGUCAGCUGAAGUUUGCAGUAAUGUUCAGUUUGUUGUUGAUGCUGCAGCACCUAAGGGAUAAUGAAUGUAGUCGAAUGUGUUAAUAGUAACAGUAAUGAUUCUUUGAUAUGUUGACACACCGCAGUAUGUUUUCUAUUUUGCUUCAUUUUUCACUUUUAUAAAGAUUUGAUAUGACUUGUUUUUUGUUUUCUUUUUUUUUUUUUUAUUGUGUGUUAAUUUUCUGCUGUGGCUUCUAUAGCAACAGCAUAUGAGUGCAGUAUUACCAAAGAUAUUGAAGUUAGUAUAACAGUGGUGUGCGCCUUUAUCAUGAAUCUGGUACGGCUUAAUUAUCAUCAUUUGCAAUCUUUUCUGAUCUUGAUGCUGUUUUAUCAACAAAUGCCUCAUUUACAAAUGAGUAUUAUUGAAGGUCUGAUGCUCUGACACCAAAGUUGACUUUCUAAAGUAUCUUAUAUUUCUGUAGCCUCCUGCAUGAUUUUCUUUUCUUUUUUUUUUUUUUUUUUUUUUUUUAUUUUUAAACACCCAGCUGAUUGAGUUUAGUUAUUUAUUUGCUGAGAUUCUGGCAAGUGGCUCAGCUUGCAGUAUUGGGUUUGAAGGGGUGGAAGUUUUGGAAUAAAGGUGUAAUUUGACACAGACUUUCCGCUAUCACUGCUCAGACAGUGAAGACUGAUGUACAUGCUAUGCAAUGUGUUCUGUUCAUGAUCAGUUGAAUUAAUAAAAGAGAAUAACCUCUG